AUGCACAAAAAGAAGUCAGCUCUCACACCACGCGCGCUCACACAUCACGAGCAGCGGUCGGGCCGGGACCCCCGGGCCGGGGACACCGCGGGGACAACCGUGUCACCCCCCGCGCCGGGCACCUGCCGGGCGGCCCCGCCGCGCUCCCCGCACCCGCCGGAGCCGAAACACAAAGAAAAGCCUAAGGAAAACACCCCCUCGCUAUCGCCUGUUAUCUCGCUAAUUACCCGCGGCCGGGAGGCGCGGCGGCACGGCCGGUGCGCAGCCCAGCCCGCCGCCCCCGCCGGGCCGCCCCAGCCCCGCCGCGGCCCGCACGGCCGCCGCACUCGCCCCCGCGGAGGCGGCGAGAGGCCCGGCGGGGCUCCGCUGCGCGGCCGGGCGCGCUCCCGGCGGGCGCAGGACCCCGCGCUCCCCCCGCGGCCCCGCACUCACCGGCCCCGGCCCCGCGGACGCUCCGCGGCGGCACCGCCCGCUCCGCCCGAGUGCGCGCCCCGCGCUCCGGCUCAGCCGCGGCCGGGCCGCCCCCCGCCGCCACCGCCGCGCGCGCUCAUCCCGUAUGCGCCACGGCGCCUCCUGGUUGGCCCGCGCCGAGUGGCGCGCGGGGCCGGGCUCCCGCGGCGCGGGGUUACUACAGGUCACCCGCGGAGGGGGCGGAGCCAACCGGCAUGA